AUGCCUGAGAAGCCCCUUACAAUUGCAACCUACGCUGCAGGCGCCUCACUCGCCGCCAUUACACUGGUCUAUGUAUUUGGCCCGACCUACUUCUUGGACGACGAUGCAAAUGCAGCUAGUAGCAAGAAGAAAGGCGUAGUGGGCCUCAGCAACGCGGCGAAUGACUGCUUCAUCAAUUCGGUGCUGCAAGCCCUCGCCGGUCUACCCGAUUUGCGCAUAUAUCUCAUAAGAGAAACGCAUAGGCGGCUCCUCGACGGCCCUGAAGUAUACAAUGUGGACCCCGAAAGCCAGGAUGUUGCUGCUGCUGCUGCGAAGCCAGUCAAGCUCGAGGGACUGCAGAGAGGCAUCCUCACCCACGGCCUGAAGGACAUUCUCGACAGGCUCAACGAACGCCCGUUACACAAGAAAACAAUAUCUCCCCAACCCUUCAUCCGUACACUCGAGCGCGCAUUUGGGACCCGCAUCAGCCGCCAACAACAGGAUGCGCAAGAGUUCCUCCAGAUAGUCACAGAGCGCCUAUGCGACGAAUAUCACGCUGGUGGCAAGGCUCGACGGCAGGCCACGCGCGUGGGAACUGGUGCAACAAACGGGGAUAUUGGGUCGGGGAGAAGAGAGGGUGAGGACCAGUUUGGCGCGGUGACUGCGGAGGGCUCAGGUAGCGACGAAGUCGGUGAUGAGGCUGAAGAGAGCGGAACAUCUGCAGAAGAAGAGGGAUUUCCAUUUGAGGGCAAGAUUGAGUCGCAGAUCGAGUGCCAAACCUGUCACUUUAAGCCUAAGCCGACAGUAUCGACAUUCGUCACCCUGACCUUGAACGUACCGCAGGCAUCCUCUACUUCGCUCAACGCCUGUCUUGAUGGCAUGCUCAAGGUUGAGUACAUAGAAGACUUCAAGUGUGAGCGGUGUCGGCUCGAGCAUGCACUCAGGAGUAAAGACCAUGAGCUUUCAAUAGCCACUAAUCCGAACCUUCAGCAACGUUUAAGAUCAGACAUCUCAAAGAUUCGACAGGCAUUGGAGGAAGACCCUGAAACGCCGCCCGAAGGUGUGGAGCUCCCUGAUUCGAGCCAGGCACCCAAGCGGCGUAUAGCGCGCCAUAUGUAUAUAUCACAGUUUCCAAAGGUCCUUGCGAUACACCUGUCGCGUUCCACAUUUGCGUUUGGUUCUACCUCUACGAAGAACAUGGCCAAGGUCGCCUUCCCUGAAGCUCUUCCAUUAGGUGGGAUCCUCCACCGCAAGAACUAUCGCUUGCUCUGCAUGGUUACCCACAAAGGCAGCCAUAACAGCGGCCAUUACGAGUCUUUUCGCCGCCAAGUACAGCGACUGCCUUUCUCGACGCCCGUUUCCUUUGGUACAGAAGGUGCAUACAGUCGCCAAGCCAGUCCGCAUCCGUCCGCAGCACCGUCAGUAGCACCAUCUGCAAUGCAAAGUCCACGGAUCUCUGCCCUUAAUCUUCCCAACAGUAUUGACCGCGGCUCACCGUCCCCUUCUACACCCAAUCUCGACUCUCCGUCGACACGCUCGCUAUCCUCCCAAGACAACAUACCUUCCUCAUCACGGGGUCCUGCGCCAACAUCGGCACCUCGAAUCUCCGAGUCGGAUCCUGUACUAAGAACGGCAUCCACUGACACGGGAAACAGAAGCGAGUCGCUAUCCCGCACGAGAAGCAUACGCUCACUUAAGGAGCGAGCAUCAGAAAAGGCAACAUCCAUGGCGGAGGCUAAUCCUCUACGGAGAAAGUCGAAAAAGACACAUAAUAGAUGGUGGCGCAUUAGUGAUGACAAGAUCAAAGAGAGUAAGACGUCGGAGGUUCUGAACAUGCAGAAAGAUGUUUAUUUGCUGUUCUACGAGUUGGACAAGAGAUAG